AUGGCGCUAGUCACAUAUUCGGAUUCGGAAGGCUCAGACUCGGAUUCCGCUCCGAAAAUAGCCCCUGCUUCACGGAAACAUCCCACGCCUACGUCCUCAAAAAUAAACAUCUUCCAGCCGCUCGUUGAUCGCAGCAACCCGCGCAAAAUCCUGGUGAAUCUUUCGAAUACGGAAACGGGUGAUGAAGCCGGAGAUGCAGCCUCAGAAGAGGGCCCAGCUCGAAAACGGGCGAGGAUAGGUGGUGGCAAUUCCUUUGCUGGAUUCAACGCUAUGCUUCCAGCACCUAAAGGGGCCGCCCAAGAUAAAGAUGGCAAAAAGGUGUCUAGUACUGCUGCUUCUCGGCCAGUAUUCAGUCUCAAAACAAGCGCUACUCCAGGCUUUGUUAGAGAACCCGAGUCGGGAUUCUUAGAGGACAACCAGAACGGGGAUACUGUCGAAAACGAUUCAUCCGGAGCUCUACCAGCGACAAAGGACGAGCCAGUUGUGGUGAAGAAAGGUAACCCGAUGAUGUUUAAACCGCUAUCUGUUGCCCGAAAUACCAAGAAGAAACCAAAAGCACCUCCGCAAAAGUCCAUAGGCGAUGUUAAGGGGAAAGUGCCGGUGAACAAGGGAUCUGAACUGCAAACAGCAGUUAAGACAGAGCCGGUAGUAUCGAAGCCAAAGGUGAAUCUAUUUGGAAUAUCCAGUAAUGACCCUGCUGGCCCUACAGCUGAAUUGAUCGCGCAACCCUCACAUUACGAGCCUCUGAUUUAUGCGCCUUCUUCCGGAUCUACUUCUCCAGAAUCGCAAGCACUCCCCAUAAAAGAAGUGUCUAUGCACAAAGAUGAUAGAACCUCCAUGCCGACCCACUCCAACUCGCUCGAAAACAUCGCGAGCGACCUAAAUCUUUCUCAAUCUGAAAUACGUCAGCUCAUGGGCCGUAAAGGCCGCGCUUCGGCAGCUGAUGCCAAAAUCCUUACAUUCAACACCGCCGAAGAGUAUAAUUCCAACUCUGCCUACCUGGCCUCGAUGUCUGAACAAGAACUAGCCGCUCAACAACAUAAUCCUGUUCGCUCAAUUGCGCCAGGUAAACACAGCUUGCAACAGCUAGUGAAUGCUGUGAGCAACCAACGGGAUGCGCUUGAAGAUAGUUUUGCCGCUGGCAAGAGGAAUCGGAAAGAAGCAGGUUCCAGAUACGGGUGGUGACUUGUACAUUAUUUAUUUUAUUAGAUUCUGUUCAGGGUUAGGGUCGGAGGCGUGAGGUUUUAUCGGUAAUGGUGUCAUUAAUAAUGGCUGGCAUAUGUACGUUGUUCUUAUUCCUCUCCUAGCAUGACCAUGCAUUGCAGCUGCAGGGAACGGU